UGCCGCUGUCGCCUCUGGCUUGCUCAGUUGGGGACACUUAAUUUCUAGCGAUUAUCGCCGAUUUGAUUGCACAGAUACUAUUUAAACUAAACUGAGCUAGACAAUGACAUCUCUGAAUUCAAGAAUGAAAUGUCUUUAACUGAAAAUUGAGUGUUUAAUCUUAUCAUUAUACAUUACUGACACUCUAUCCUCCAAUUUGAUACUGUUAAGUGCUUUGACACAAUCUGUAUUGUAAAAGCGCUAUAUAAAUAAAGGUGACUUGACUUGACUUGACUUGACUUGAAGAGCAAGGAUGGGUCGAGGCUUGCCAAUCUGCCAACAGCUGCAUCAGCGAAUAAUCCAACAGUUUGAGAAAAUCAUUCCCCAAAGACAAAUCGGUAGGAAUUUGGGCAUUUCACCUUCUACAGUGCUCAAUAUAAUAAAAAAGAUUCAAGGAAUGCAGCCAAAUCUCGGUGCAUGAAGGGCAAAUGCGCGUGAUCUCCGAUCCCUCAAACAUCAUGGUCUCAAAAACCGUCAUGAGUCUGUAAUGGACAUCCAGACAUGGGCUCAGGACUACUAUACAAAGCAGAAGCCAUACAUUAACACUGUCCAGAAGCGCCGCUGACUUCUCUGGGCUCGAUCUCAUCUGAGAUGGACAGUAGCUCCGCGGAAUCAUGUUUUUUCAUCCGGCAAUCGUUUUUUGACAAAACAGCCGUCGUGUUCUCCACCCAAGGAGGCCAUCCAUCAGACCAUCCAAGCUGAAUUCAGCGUCAGAUCCAAAAGCCGGCAUCUGUCAUGGUAUGGGAGUGUGUCAGUGCCCAUGGCGGUGAACCAUCUUCAGGGUAAGGCUAAAAUUUGCCUAGUGUGAUCUAUUAAUGCGCACAUCAUAACCCAUCGUUUAGGCAAGCACAUGGUACCCACUGAAUAAAAAUAAAACAAGGUAAUUGUGACUAAUCUCACAAUUCUUACUCUUUCUCACAAUUCAGAAUUAAUUAGUCAGGGAGAAUUAAUUAGUCACGUAGUCAGGGAGGCUUCUGGGUAGCGUAGUCCCGCGGGUGGCUAACAAUUCACUUGUCCACAAAGGUGAGUGGAGUUUGGGGAAUUGAAUCCGGGAGACAGUGACCUCUGGUGGUGAGAGGGAGCAUCGUGGACCCGGAUUCAUGACACCCUUAUGCUCAGUUGUAGCUGCUGUGUUCUAAAAAUCCCACAACACACCGUAACAUCAAGUUCCCGUUCUCCUGCUCCAACACAUCUGCCUGUAAUCAACUAACCCCAAACACCUUGAUUAGCUGCUUCAGGUGUGCUUGAUUGGAGAUGGAGCUGAUAUCUGCAGGACAGUAGCUCUCUAAGAGCAGAGUUAGAGACCCCUGCUCUAUAGUGACUCAAAUUAGGCCCCGUCCACAUGGAGACGGGUUUAGCUGUAUGCGCAAAAAAUUUGUAUCGGAUUGGCAUUUUGUCCAGUCGGAUCUGGUGGAUUAUUAGGAGAGUGAAACCGCUAUUUUUUGAAACCGGGUCCCAGAGUGAAUAAAUCUGAAAACGACACCUUUGCGUUUUCGUGUGUACAGCCAAUCCGUAUAUUUUGUGAGACGAUGAUGUCAUCAGCCCAUGUCUCGCCCCUAGUCAGACACCGCUGCGUCACGUAACAUCAACAACAACAUGAACAAACACCGAACGAUGGUCUUUUUAUUAACAAACAGUAACACAGGUUAAUAAAUGAAUUGUUCCAUGUUCGUUUGUAUACUGUGCGCAAGGUUUAUGCAUAUAGUCCAAGUCUUCUUCUCUGCUUUUAGUGUAUCUCUGUGGCAGAAUUACAGCACCACAUACUGCUCUGACAUGUAUACUACAUCGUUUUGUGUCGGUUUCAUGGUUUCGUGUGUACGCAGAUAUUUCUUGAGACGAGGGGAAAAAAAAGAUCAGAUAGGUAAAGCUCUGGCUUCGUGUGGAUGUAGCCUUAGUGGCCUCUAAUAAGGGUUGCUUUAUUGGAGCAGCAGUUUUUCUUUGUUCCUCUUCUUGCUGCUUUCAGUGGUGUGACUGUGUACAAAGUUACUUGAGAUUGUUUGAUUACAUAGUGUAUGGAAUGAAUCUUGUUUGCUUUUUGCAGUGCAAUUCAUGAUAUUGUUGAUCCAUAUUAAUACAUUCAUGUUUGUUUAUUCAUGUUUUUGGGAAUUUAAGUUUAGAAAACAGUCUUCAUGGAAGUGAAAUAUGUACUGGCAUUGGUGGGAAAAAAUAAAGCCAAGCGGAAGUGUUUAACCCCAUUGUGAUGUUCCCCUUGUGAGUCAGCAGUAUUCCUUAUUGCAUUUUCUAAUUGGUAUAUUGAUUUAUCUUGGUCCAAAGACCAAUACCAGAUACCACCUCAGAGCGGCAUCGUACUCAUUCCAGAGAGUUGUUCUAAAAGCGAUGACCUGGUUUUGUUGGAGAUGAAACAGUUAAAGUGUUAAUGUGGUCUUCAGGGUGUUCUUGAUCGACCAAAACAAGUAGCCAACAUGGAUGACCGAGUCAGCUGAAUCAUUGCCCAAGAGCUGAGGGAUUGUCUUCAGGAGUGGCACACAGAACAGGCUGUUGAUGAGUGAUAACAUCACGGCUUUCUUUGAGUCUUCUUUGCCACCAUCUCCUCAGUCCCAGUUUAAUAAAGAUCUGGGUGCUCAGCAAGUGAUUCAAGUCCUUACCCAGGCUGUGAACUCUGCUAAUCAUUCAGUGUCAGAAGAACCACAUGUCAUUCAGAGCUCUCAGUGCUCAUCAAGGUCCUCAGAAUCUCCAGGAAUAUCAGGAGACCCACAGUUAACCACUCUUCCAGCAGGCUGUGGGUAAUCAGUUAUAUCCACUAGUAGAAGUCGAGCAAACUCACAUUCAUUUGUAUAGAGCUGUUCACAAUAAGAAAGUGUCUUAAUAAAUAAUGUUUCUAAUGUUAAUCUUUACAGAAAAUGCAUGUUUCUGCAUUACUGUGUAAAAGUAAUGCCCACAUGGCCAUAUACUGUAUACAGUUCUAGGAUAAUAAAAACCAUUUAGUUAAUGCCAUUUCUUCAAGCGAAAACAAUGAACAUAGUAAAGAAAUAAUUAUGUUGUCAUCAUAAUGAUUUCAAUAUGAGGAGAACUGGGCUGUUUUGCAUAUUUAUUCAGAGCUGGCAUCAUAUGAGGUCCUUGGAGGGGUGAGCAUCAUCUCAAAUCUUCAUAAGGGGCUUAAUCCAAACUAGUGCUUUCAAAAGCUCUAGAGCAUCCCAAGGUAGAAACAAACAAGCAAAUAGAGAAUAGACGCUGUUCAUGACUUUUCAAACAAAGAACAAUCAUGUGCAUUUCAUCAGAUAUACGGUAUAUACGAUGCAUUAUGUGAAUGCUUGGCUAAAGAGCUGUGUCUAGGCUUAAACAGACAGAUUGUGUCUGAGCCCCAAUCAAUAUCAUGAAGGCUAUUCCAGAGUUUUGUGACCUUAAACAGUGCACUACACAGGAGCUAAGCCAUUUAGGGCCUUAUAUUUAGCAAUACUUUAUAACUGAUAUGUAACUUAAUAGGUGACUUCAUAGCUGUAGAGAUGAUAGAAUUGGAGUUAUAUGAUCAUAUUUUCUUGACCUGGGCUGUGUUUCCCAAAAGUAUCGUAAGCUUAAGUACAUCAUAGACCCAUUGAAACCAACGGAGCUACGAUCAACUUAAGCUUAUGAUGCUUUUGGGAAACGCAGCCCUGGUAAGGAUUCUACAUAGCAAAUUCAUCAGUGUUAAAUUUCAAGUGUUAAGCCAAUUCAGAGUAAAGUGUUGAACUUAUAGUGUUAGAUUUAGAGAAAUUAACACUAUCAGUGUUAAAAGCUUGUUUGCUUCAGUGUAAUCACUUAGUUACAGGUAUCCAACACCUCCCAGUGUUAUUUGCAACAUCCGGGCAUUAGUUCCGCGAUCUCGGUGAAAGAUUUUCAGACGCCAUUUUCUUGUGCCAUGCGGAGGAUAACGAAAAACGACAACUGGUGAGUAAAGCUACUUAAAAGUUUGAGUUUGAUAGACCUUAUAUAUCAAAAUUAUUAUAUCUUAGUGUUAGUUUUAAAUAUUUCACAUACAGGGAUGCAUUUACAUGCGAAUGUUUUGUUUGUCUUUGUUCGCUACACGAGGCGAGUCUUCUCAGGCGAUUUUGAAUAUUGUUCCUCUAUUUUUACUCGUUUUCAUCCCAAGUAGGAGAUAGUUGUGAGUUUCAUAUAGUUAAUGCGUAUUAUUGUCUUUUUUUGUGUUACAGUUUGAGACCUUAUGAACGUUUGUGGCAUACCGUUAACUAAGAGUUGCUGAAAAUAUUAACGACCAGCUGUUUCGCGGGCUUUGUCUGUAAUGUCAGUCUAUUCAGCAACGUUAAAGUUAUCGUUUCGUGUCACUGAAGAAGUUAAAUGUUAGUAAAUAAACUUGUAAAUAAAAUACUUCUAAUGCCAUUAACUUAUUUUUUUUAAUAAUAAAUUUGAUGUACGUUAUCUUAUGUGUAGGAAUCAACAGGAUCAAGAGGCUCUACUUUAAAAAUGUUCUUCUUCAGGUAAGCAAGUUAACUUAACGUUAGAGGUUCUUAACCUGUAAAGUUGUCAUGAUGCAAAACAUCCAUGCAAAGUUACAUAUAUCAACAUUUUCUGUCAAAGUCCUAAAAGGAAUGUUUAAGAUGCAGUGUCUUGUAUUCAGCCAACAUUGGUAAGUUAGUAAAUGCUUAACUUCACACAGGUAUUAAUUAUCAGCAUAAGUCAUGUUAGAAAGUUUACAGAAAACUAUUAGUGUUUCAUACAUAUACAUACAUUUUUUUUUUCUGAUCUGUCCCUUAGCUAAAAAUUAGUUGGUAUAUGCCCAGAGUUGAUGGUAAUUCCACACCUAAACAUCCAGUCUUUUGGGCAGGCUCACUCGUUGGGGAAUUUGACAGCCGCCAUUUUCGGUCACUCUUUCAUCCAGAGUAAUUUAGCGUUAGGAGAGAUUGGUAAGUUUCACUUAGCUAAUGCAUGUUAUUAUCUUUUUUUAUGUUAAAAUGUGCUCAUGUUGGGUUGUUUAAAAUUUGAAACGAUUAAAGCAUGUAGUAUAACUAGUAGGUUUUAGCGAGCAACUGUUUUCUGGGUUUUGUCUGUAAUGUCGCGCGCAGUCUAUUCAGCGACGUUAAAGUUAAUCACUUCUUAUCAUUGAAGUUAAAUGUCAGUAAAUAAAAAAUUUUAUAACACAUGUACGUUAUCUUAUGUGUAGGGUAGGAACAGGAUCACAAGGCUCUUCUUUUCGUCUUUAGGCCUAGAGUUGCCAUGAGGCAAACACAACCAUGUUAAGUUAGAUUAGUUAGUAAGUCCUAAAAAGGAAUAUGGUAUUAAAUGUAUGGUAGUAAAAAAAAAUAUACUACAUUGGUAGUAAAUGUGUACACAGAUAUGAAUUAUCAGCACAAGACAUGUAUUGUAUUUGUAAAGCUUGUGAAUAUUUCAUAAUAAGGUGGCAUAAAGGAAUCUUUUGUGUGUGUGUUGCAUUUGCGUUUGUGCACUUGUUAAACAGGGUAGAAAGAUAUUGCUGUCAUCCUUAAAAGUUUGAAGUGCAGUAAGUAAACUAACAGACCUUUCAGGCAAAUAAACAUCUGCAUACCCUGCAAGUCUCACUUUCAAAAGGCUUGUGUUGUAGAUGGCAAAAUGAUAAUUAAGGUGCAGUAUGAAACCCGCAAGAAAUUACAAGCUGCUGAUUUUGAUGAAUUCAUUUCUGAAGCACUUAGUCAGAGAAAAAUUCUCCAUCCCUGGGGACAAGAUUACAGUGGAAGAUGACUCUGGCACUGAGGCGGAUGAAACCGUGUUUGCAGAAUUAUCCACAGUGGAAGGGAUUUGCUUUGUUGUCAAGGACCGUCAUGAUGAUGGCCCAUAUCAAUCAUCUCCUCCAUCCACAUCACAGCCCUUAUACAGUGUGAGUUCCCUCCCUGUGUUCAGCAGUGACAGUGACAUGUCAAGACAACCCAAACGUGUUAAAUGUGAUGAAGAACCAUUACAGAGUGCUGUAGCCAAAGAUAUAGCUCAAGAUUUUAGCCUCCUCUUUGGUCCACAAACAGCUGCCAAACUGCUGGAGAAGUGGCCUACAUUCUAUAAAGAAAAGGUGAUCAGAGAAGCAGAGAGCCUUACUACCACCUCGGUGCUCCAAAAUUUGCUGAAGUCUGCCAGGAAUCAGCACGAUGAUAAAUCUCCAGAGGAUCACCAAGUCAAUCAAAAGCUUAGAAGAACACUUGGAGAAAGUGGAGGGACGUCGCCAGCCAUACCUCGUUGCCUCUGGAACUCACAAGUGUGCCAUCAGCAAUUACUACAUUGUGAUUGACAAGAUGCUCAUUCCAUGCCAGGGAACCACGUCGUUGGCAGCCUUUGAUGAACUAUUCAAAGCGCACUUCGUUUUCAGUGUAAGCUAUGAUGAUGCUCUCAGCCACAUGUAUACAUUCCUCCAGACAACAGUCUACGGUAUAGAUGCUGACACCACUAAACAAAGUCCAAAGGUGAAGGAACUGAGAGCCAAGAUCAUGAACUGGAACUCCGAGUCGGUGAACAAUGUUUAGGUGUUACAUUUGUAGAGCAUUGCAUAAUGCACCUAGUACGUUAAUUCAGCACUUCAAAUAUUUUCAUGGCUUAUAUCCGGGCAGAAAAUUUGUUCUUGUUUGUGCUCAGGAGCAGUGUUCACUACAGUAUAACAGUUUUAAAGGUUUUAGAAUGCAUUUAAAUAAUUGUCAUAAAACUGUUCACAUGGACACAAGCAGUGAUGUUUUGCAAACGUCCCAUCAGUCAGUGCACAGAGCUCACAAGAAGAUGCCUCUGAAAUGGACCUGAAUGUGAUAAAUGAACCAUCAACAUCUCAUAUGUCAAAAGAACAGGCAAAAGAUAUGUGUGCAUCGAUAAUAGCAAAGUUACAGGGCAGUGGUGUGGUGUGGCCAAUAGUGUUGUGUCAUCUGUUGUUGAAAGUAUGGAGGAGUAUGUUGAUGAAGUUCAUGCAAGUCUUAAAGAACAAGUGCUAAGUGCAGUGCCUCCUGACAAUCCAUGCAGAGAUGCAGUUGAAGAGGUUUUCAGCAAUACUUUCAAUCCAUUUAGUGACUUAAACACAAACUGUACAGUUAACAAGUAUUUUAGUGAAAAAUGGGGCGUUGUCGAACUGGUGGAAAUUCAUUUAGGAGUGAGGUUUGAUUCAAAGAGAAACAAAACAUCUGGAGUAUAUGAACAAGUGCCAGUAAAUGACACUUUCAUUUAUGUACCUCUGUUAAAAACACUGGAGUUCAUUUUCAAGAAUAAAGAAGUGUGUUGUCAGAUGAAUAAAUCUGCUGCUCUUGGUAACAUCUACCAAGACUUCUGUGAUGGAAAAUACUACAAACAUCAUCCACUGUUUUCAAAAUCAACAAAUUCAUUGCAAAUUCAAGUUUAUUAUGAUGAAUUUGAAACUGCAAACCCUCUCGGGUCAAAACGUGGUGUUCAUAAGCUCGGAUGCUUAUAUUUUAAAAUCCGCAACUUGCCACCACGUUUAAAUUCAUCUCUGAUGAAUAUCCAUCUCAUCAGUUUGUUUCAUUCCCAAGAUGCCAAGAAAUAUGGCAUUGACAAAAUCCUUACUCCAUUUGUAGAUGUUCGAGAAUUAGAGAUAAAUGGAAUGAAAGCGUCAUUUACUGAACAAACUCUCAUAUGGCACCAUUGCUCAAGUAACGGGUAACAAUUUAGGUCUGAACUCAAUUCUUGGUUACGUGGAAUCUUUUUCUGGAAACCACUACUGUAGAUUGUGUCUUGUUGACAAAGCAUCAGCUCAAACAGUGUAUAGUGAAAAUGAUCCGCGUGUAGUACAAGGUAAAGUUGUUGUUUGGAUAUUUGAAUGAGAACUUCAUUUCUAAUGAAAACAUACUCCAGCGUGUAUACGCAUUCAAUUACGGCUUCAUGGAUAAAAAGAAUCGUCCAACUCGCAUAAACAUGUUUUGUGGUGGCAACGGUAUUGGACUUAAUGCCAGUCAAACGUUAUGCCUUAUUCGGAACCUUCCACUGAUAUUUGGCGAUAUUGUCCCUGAAGGUGACACAAACUGGCAUUUGCUGUUACUUUUAUUACACAUUGUUAACAUUUUGUUUUCUCCAUGUAUUACAGAGGGAAUGACUGUAUUUUUAAAACAUUUAAUUGAAGAGCAUCAUCGCUUGUUUAAAAAUGUAUAUCCCCAAAAUAAUUUAAUCCCGAAGCAUCAUUUUAUGAUACACUAUGCCGAGAGUAUACGCCAAAUUGGUCCUUUAGUACACGUUUGGAGUAUGAGAUAUGAAGCCAAACACAAAUUCUUUAAGUCCAGCUUGAAAAAUUUCAAGAACAUAACUAAGUCCCUCGCAAAGAAACACCAAAUAGCUGUUGCUUAUUAUUGGGAAUCGUUGUCCUCUAAAGGAAUUGAGUCUGGGCCUGUCAAAUUAAAGAAACUGACUGAUGUUGAACAUGGAGAUUUGAUUUCAGAGCAUUUUCAGAUAGAUGUGUCAAGUGAAGUAAGUGUCACAACUUGGGUUAAACAUAAUGACAUUGAGUUUCACACAGGUCUUGUUGUUUGUACAGAUUUUAUUGAUGAAUUGCCAGUGUUCAAAAAGAUUGUUUGUAUAUUGCUGAAAUGGAGACUACAUUUGUAGAACAUUUUCAUGCUUUUCAUGUUGUUGAAAAUGUACAUAAUGUUUCAGUUGUUGCAUCUUGUGACUUGAGGUACUUUAAGCCCUUCGAUCUUCAAAUGUCUUAUGGUACAGACUCAUCGCUUUAUAUUGUGCCAGAUGGCUGCAUCUUAUAGACUGUGAGCAGCAGGUAUGAGCUUUGUUUUAUGACGUUUAAUGUUGUAAAAGGACAAUGUGCCUUGUCAUGUUAUGUGAAGCCCUGGAUGUUACUUUUCGAUGUUCAAAUGUUUUAUGCUUACAGACUUUUAUUUUGUAUCAGACAACUGCAUCAUAUAGACUGCAAGCAGCAGGUAUGAGCUUUGUUUUGUGAAGUUGUAUGUUGUAAAAUGUUGUUGUACAUGGAAUUUUGAAUUCCCUGUCCCUUGUCAAAUGUUAUAUGAAGCCAUGAAGAAUGUUAUACAUGAAGCUCUUUGAUGUUCUUAUGUUUUAUGCUUACUGUUUUAUAUUGUACCAGACAACUGCAUCAUAAAGACUGCAGUCAGCAGGUAUGAGCUUUAUUUUAUGAAUUUGGAUGUUGAACAAGGUCAUUGUACAGGGUAUUUUGAGUGCCCUGUCCCUGGGCAAAUUUAGUGUGAAGCCCUGUUAAAGGAAAAAUAAUAAAAUGUAUUCAUUGCAACACUUUAUGGUCUGUUUAUUGGGAUGGUAACACCCAUCCCAAUUUUUUUUUUUUUUUUUUUGGCUAAAUCACGUUUUAGAUACAAUGUCAACAACCGCUUAAAAAUAACUGCAUUUAUUAUGUACAGAUAAGUGCAACUCUAAUAUGUAUUAUGUUUAUUGUUCUUUAAU